GCCGCGCUCAUGCGCACGAGCAGAUGAGCUCGCGCGGACGGAAGUGAGGAGAGGUUACGCGGAGGUGGGGGCCGCAGCGCUUGCUGUGGGGAGGGCGAGCGGCGGACAUGGCGCCCUCCGAGAGUCCUAGGGUCCCCUUGGCGGUGUUGCUGCUGUUGCUGUGGGAGGCUCCCUGGACCCACGGGCGGCGGAGCGACGUGCGCAUCAUCACCGACGAGAACUGGAGAGAGUUGCUGGAAGGAGAGUGGAUGAUAGAAUUUUAUGCUCCAUGGUGUCCUGCUUGUCAGAACCUUCAACCAGAAUGGGAAAGUUUUGCUGAAUGGGGAGAAGAUCUCGAGGUUAAUGUUGCAAAAGUAGAUGUCACAGAGCAGCCAGGACUAAGUGGACGAUUUAUCAUAACUGCUCUUCCUACUAUUUAUCAUUGUAAAGACGGUGAAUUUAGGCGCUAUCAAGGCCCGAGGACUAAGAAGGACUUCAUAAACUUUAUAAGUGAAAAAGAGUGGAAGAGUAUUGAACCCAUUUCCUCAUGGUUUGGUCCAGGUUCUAUUUUGAUGAGUAGUAUGUCAGCACUCUUUCAGCUAUCUAUGUGCAUCAGGACUUGCCAUAACUAUUUUAUUGAAGAUCUUGGAUUACCGGUCUGGGGAUCAUAUACAGUGUUUGCUUUAGCAACUCUGCUUUCGGGACUCUUAUUAGGACUCUGCAUGAUAUUUGUGGCAGAUUGCCUUUGUCCUUCAAAAAGGCGUAGACCACAGCCAUAUCCUACCAAAAAAUUAUUACCAGAAUCUUCUCAACCUUUGAAAAAAGUGGAGGAGGAACAAGAGGCUGAUGAAGAAGAUGUUUCAGAAGAAGAAUCUGAAAGCAAAGAAGGAACAAACAAAGACUUUGCACAGAAUGCCAUAAGACAACGUUCCGUAGGUCCUUCAUUGGCCACAGAUAAAUCCUAGUUAACUUUUACAAAUAUUUUGUAUGAUUUUGACAUGAACAGAAGAUUGAUCAUUUCUUUUGGUUUGAAGUGAACUGUGACUUGCUUAUAUAUUGCAGGGUUCAGUCUAGAUUGCAUUAGAGUCAAUAGUCUACCUUCAGAAAAGUAGCAUUCUGUGAAAAAGUUUGAAAUAGGAUUUGAGAACAGCAUGGUGGUUCAAACAGCUCUUUAAUUUUUGAAAAAUCUGUGCCAAGCAAUAAGAUUUCUUUGUGUUUCUUAAUAACCUUUUCAAGUCUGAGUUGAAAAAUUAACAUUUCCAAAGUAUUGCAUUAAUGAGGUAUUUAAGGAGAUUAGAGAAAAAGAUUUCUCGUUUGUUAACAAUUUUUCUCCGUUUCACUGUGUGAAGAAAAGAGUGUAUUUCCCAUAAAUGGGAACUUUGCCCAUUGUCUCAAGGAAUGUGUAUUUCAGUGACAACUCUGUGGUUCUUUUAGAGAUAAGGUCCAAAAUUUCAUCAUACAUUUAGAUUAUUCAACUAAUAAAAACUACACUGUUUUUUCUUUAUACUUUUCUGCACAUAGCAGAGAAUAUGUUUAGGAAGUUUUUAUGAGUCCAUUGUGUUGCUUUGAUUUCUAUAAAGAUUGGUUGCUGCCUUUGUUCUGUUUUUAGUGUAUGAUUUAUAUUUUUCUUACCAUGGGUUACAUUUUUCAUUUUCCAUGUUGGAUACUCUCCUGAAAAUGUUUUUCAUGCUUUAAUAGUCCUUUUAAUUUAUUGUUUCAAACUGAACUUUACUGUGGAAUUCUUAAAAUUGAAGAGCUGUCUACUUGGCCACUUGUUUUAAGAUUUUACAUUACUCUUGCUGAACAUCUACUUGAACUUUUUUUUGGAUAUGAAGGUGAACAUUCCUAAUUUUUAUUUGAUUUUGUGGAAAAGCCUUUGGUAUUUUACGUUUUGAAAAUUCAUAGAAGCUUAAUUUGAUACAAAAGUUAACAUUCUACUCAGGAAAAAGCAUCUUGGAGUGUAUGUUUUCAAUGUAAAUUUGUCUUCACAUAGAAAGUUCUUAAUUGCUUUUACAAAGUCGGUGUAUGCUUCUUAUGUUUUUGGAAGACAAACUGUAUUCUACUAUACUUUCUAUUGUGUGGUAUUUCACAGGUUAGAAUCAGCAGGAUAGAACAUUUAAUAUAUUUUUACUCCUUAAAGAGUUAGAACAGAGCUUUUCACCUUACAGCAAAAGGUGGGGUGGGGUGAGUGUCUGGAGUGGCAAUAAAGAACUUUUUAAGCCACAAAGAGGGGAAAAACCAUCAAUAUUCAGAAUGGAUCGCCUCUCCAUUAUGAUAAUGAUUUCUGUGAUGUCCCCUCUUGUCUAGAUUCUGCUGUGUGAAUCCAUUAGAUUUACAGUAUCAUAAUGUACAAGUUGUCUUUAAAGUCUUCUUUAGAAUAUUAAAUAUUCUACCAUUGAGUUUGGUUGUGUAAUAACUUUUUGGUGCUUUAGAAGAAUAUUCUAAGCACAAAAUAAACUUUUCUAAGCACUUGA